AUGGCCAACAAAAGGCAGACGGCGAUAAGCCGUUCUAUCCACCGAGCCCUUUUACGCGAACAAGAUGAUCAGACCGGCACCAGGAGAUACAAUGUGCUGACCUCAAUAAUCGCUUUCCUCUCCAUCUGGCAGAUACGCCUCGUCCGAAUAUCGGCGCAACUAGUCAAGAGCCUUCGGAACGAAGUAUGGAAUAUCGACGAAGUGGACUAUAUUGAUUCAUUUGUGUGUGAUAGGAAAAAGGUAGACGGAGAUGGCAUACAACCUAUGGGUGAUUUGGGUUAUUCUGGCUCGACGUUCUUUAAAACCGCGAAUUCAAAAUUUCUAAUCAAAAGUUUACCACGACGCUCAGAGCAUUCUUUCUUUCAAGAGGACUUCCUACAGCCAUAUUGCGACUACUCAAAAUCCAAUCCAGACUCGCUCCUCGUUCGAAUAACGGAUUUCCUAGGCACGGCAUACCCUGCAAUCGGUACACUAUGUCAGUGCACUCCGUCACACCAUGUCAUCAUGGAAAAUAUACUAUGCGACAAAGACGACGAUGCAAGAGGGCCUGAUAAAUGGGAGACAUACGACCUCCAGCCCGUGGAUUACUUCUAUCCAGAACGAGACCUCCUCCCGGAUCCACUGACCAGUGAAGAGACCAUGUCACGCUUAUUCAACGAAUUCAAAGAUAAAAUACGAAUCACGAAACAGCAGUACUCGACAUUCAGGAAAACACACGAGGAAGGUACGAAGUUCCUCGGAUCAGUUAACAUUGUGGACUACUCUUUGUUUCUGGUUCGAUAUCCAGCUCAUCUGCAUACUCGAACGCCAACAGAUCGAAAAAGUGAGUGGCGAGAAGGCGCGCUAUCAACAGACGGUAAAUGGAAAUAUAGGGCUGUGUUAUUGGAUUUCUUUUGGGCAAAGCAUAAACUGCAGGUGCAGGCUAUGACUGGUGUUAUACAGACGUUUAACGUUAUUGGGCGCAAUGGUCCGAUGUCUAUCACCACGACGGCUGAGGAGUAUCGUGAAAAAUUCCUGGGAAUGGUGGAUGGGCUCGUUGAGCUUCAAGGAUGA